GAGGAAAGAUAAAGCUGAGAAAACAAGUACUAUACUCACAAAGAAAUGUGAGAAACGUCUGGUAGCUUUGCAAGCUGAAUCCACACCUAUGAAGGUUAAACCAUCAUGUGAAUAUGAAUUUGAAGUUGUUGACAGUAGAUGCAAGUCCUUUGUGGUAAACCUCAACUCUAGAAGUUGUACAUGCGGCCACUUUCAAUUAGAUCAAUUUGUGUGUGUUCAUGUUGUGGCUGCAAUCGGUAUACGCCCACACCUUUCAUGUUAUACGUACAUAUCUCCAUAUUACACGAGAGAUGCUUGGCUUGCUACAUGGUCUGGUAUCAUGCAUCCUAUUGCUGAUCCUGACAGUUGGUCAAUUCCUGCUACUAUUCAAAACCAGAGAUGCAAGCCACCAAGUUGUUUGAAGCGUCCUCCUGGUCACCCUAAGAAAUGCAGGAUUCCAUCCAUUGGAGAAUAUAGAGGUUCAAAACGUCAAAAAUGUUCUAGAUGCCAUGUGCUUGGGCAUAAUAAGAAAACUUGUAGAAAUCCAAUUCCAAUUAAUACCCAGUGAUGUAGAUUUGCCCACUCAUUUUAUUUUGUCUUCUGUUUUUUGUACUUUUAACAAUUCUACUAUGUGGUUUGGACUUGGUUAUCAUUUCCUUGAACGUUUAAGGUUUUGUGCUUUAG